AUAACAGCGUUAGCAUUACAACAAUAAAAAGCAAAAAAAAAAACAACUCUACAUUUAUAGCUAAACAAUCAAUUGCAAGCGGCAACAUGUUUUUGCGACGUUGCACAAUUUACCUCAUCGUUUUGCUGCUGGUGGCAAGCACCGCGUCCGCGGCACGUAAAACCAAACGUCCGGUUAAGCCGGCCAAAACCUAUCCGCGCAACAAUAUAACACCAGCACCACCAGCUGCCCCAGCCGCUGCGGCUAUAGCCGGUGCCAGCACAGGCGCGUUGGCCGCUGGUAGCGUUGUUGCCGCCGCACAACAAACUGCCGCUGUCACCACACCGGCUGGCGGCAGUAGCACAACGCAUGCGCCGCAAAGCAUUAGCAGCAGCAGCAUAGCUACGCCAACACAAAUUGGCAGUGGCAAUUAUGCCGGUAGCGCAGCUGACGAUGAGAGCACCGGAAGUGAUGGCUUUGUGGCCGGCAAUGAGCUGCCUAAGCCGAUGACACCAUUGUCGGAGGCCAGCACCGGCAGCACUGGCGCUGCGGCGGCAUCCGCUUCGGCUGAGAGCAAAACCGAUCGUCCCGCGGCCACGUUAUCGCCCAUCGAAGAAGACUGUGAUCCGGAUAUGAUUGGAUUUGAGAUUAUCACUGGUUAUGUUCUCUCGGCGCCAACUAAAUUGCUUGACACGCUGCCCGGCAUACUGAUGCUGACUGAUUGCUUGGAGGCAUGCCAGGCGAACGAAUCAUGCAGUGCAGUUAAUUACGAGACCGGUCUAUGUGUAUUAUUUAGAACCACCGCUGAUGUAUUGCCAGGUUCACUUUCGCGUUCGCAGUUUCCAGUUUUCACCAUUUACGCACAGAAAUCCUGUUUGGGCGUGCGUCCCUGCUCGAAGGCCUGGUGCAUUGAUCGCGUUCAAGGUUAUCGUCUAGUGGAGCAUGUCAAAUCUAGCCAGACUGUCUACUCGCGCCGUGACUGCUUGGAACUGUGCUUGGGCGAAACUGAAUUCACUUGCAGAUCCGCCAACUUCUACCGUCACUCUGGUUUGUGCGAACUCUCCGAUAUGGAUCGUAUUACUUUGACUGGCGCUAAUAAUGUGGAACCCUAUGAUGGUGCCGAUUACUUGGAGAAUAAUUGCGCUGAGGAACCCAGCAAGCUGUGCGAAUUCAAACGUAUCUCUGGCAAAAUUUUGAAAACUGUCGACUCUGUGUAUCAGGACAUCAACAGCAUCGAUGAGUGCCGCGACUUGUGCUUGAACUCACCCUACAGAUGCCACUCAUACGACUACAAUGACACUGGCGAUAUGGUCUGCCGUCUCUCGCAUCACAGCCGCGCCACGCUCACCGAUGUGCUCGACCCCUACUUGGAUGUGCCAGAGGCUGCCACCUAUGAACUCUCCUCCUGCUACAAUGUCUCCAUUGAGUGCCGCUCUGGCGAAAUGAUCACCAAAAUACGCACCUCAAAACUGUUCGAUGGCAAAGUCUACGCUAAGGGCUCACCCAAAUCGUGCUCGGUCAACGUAAACAACUCACUCGAAUUCGAUUUCCGCAUGGGCUACAACGAUCUCGAGUGCAAUGUGCGUCAGAGCGCCUAUGGCCGUUACAUGAACGAUAUUGUCAUUCAACAUCACGAUAUGAUUGUGACCUCCUCCGAUUUGGGUUUGGCUGUCUCAUGUCAAUACGAUCUGACCAACAAGACGGUUUCGAAUGAUGUUGACUUGGGUGUUACCGGCGAAAUUGAAUCAUCACUCAGCGAAGAGAUCAUCAUCGACUCACCGAAUGUGAUCAUGAAGAUCACCUCACGCGAUGGCAGCGACAUGAAACGCAUUGCUGAAGUUGGUGAUCCGUUGGCGCUGCGCUUCGAAAUUGUCGAACAGAACAGUCCUUAUGAGAUCUUCGUGCGCGAAUUGGUCGCUAUGGAUGGCACAGACAAUGCUGAGAUCACGCUGAUCGAUGCCAACGGUUGCCCCACCGAUCAAUACAUCAUGGGCGCCAUACAGAAAAUGUCGGCCAAUCGCAAGGUGCUCGUUUCGCAAUUCGAUGCCUUCAAGUUCCCCUCCUCCGAAGUGGUGCAAUUCCGCGCGCUUGUCACACCCUGUAUACCACGCUGUGAGCCAGUGAUCUGCGACAAUGAGGAUGCUGUUAUGGGCGGCGCUGAUGCCAAAUCGCUUGUGUCGUACGGACGCAGAAGGCGUUCGGUGGCAAAUGGAACUGAUGGCGCUGAAUUUUUGCUGAGCACAAUCGCGCAUGCGCAACGUGAGAAACGCGAUGUGAACGGCAACAGCAAAAACAAUAACAAUGUGAGUGACAACAAAAAGCCCGCCGCCGAUGACAACAUACUGCUGGUGCAAUCCAUUCAAAUCACCGAUAAAUUUGGCUUCAAUCAAGAGGAUGCCGACGCGUUGGGCGCCGAUCACAAACUGUACGCCGGCGACGAUGCGCUCACCUGUCUCAACGGUUAUGGUCUCAUUGUGGCCGGUGCACUAUUCCUGCUAGCCCAAUUCACCAUCUUCAUCAUCUGGAAGACCGUGCAGAAGCGCUCGAAGAAGGAACGCUACCUGUACCAACACGAAUCGGCAGCGGCCGCCGUCAACUAUGGCGCACCCACUAUGGUCUACGGCCAAGCGAGCGGCUCACACUGCGGCGGCGUCACUGUGGCCUCGCACUCGGGCUCCAGCAAUGCCAGCGACACGCUGGGCAAGCUCUACGACAGCGGCAUGACGGGACGUUAUGGACAGCAAUAUUGAAGGCCAACUGAUGGAACGGCGGGUGGGAGAAGCUAAAAGUAUUCCACACAAUUAACUAUGCAUAAAAUUACACUAGAAACAAAAGAGAUAAAAAAAACAGCAACAAAAUAUAGGACAUACAUACAGACAUGCACACGAACAAACGCAAAGCGUUACACAUAUACACACACACAUGGCGUUAUAUAGAGCAGAAAUACACAAAAUCACACAUAUAUAAGAUAUAUGUUCACACAUACAUAUAUCACAAGAUGUUCGAGGCUUAGGCGUUAGUUGUCCUUAUCUAUAUUAUAGGCUUCACUUUUUUACUUUUAUACCGAAAAAAUGGAAAUUAAUGGAAAGAAAACUGGCAAAACUUGCGCAAAAAAAUUACCUUUUAUAUACCGUUAGUAGCAUAUUUUAGUUCUAAGUAAAGUAGUUUUAUAUUUAGAAAAGAAAAAUCAAGACUUUUCCGACUUCAUAGCGUUUGUGGGGGUUAAAGUAAACACACACAAAAGUCAAAAGUAGAAAUUUUGAGACAUUAUUAUUUCACUUUUUCCCCCCACUCCACGCAUAUCUAUCCAAACUAGUAAACUAAUUGCAAUGGCAAAACUUGCUUAGCACUUAAAAAAAAAUUAUAUAAAUAAAUUUACUUUAGUUUAAGCUAAUUUAGUUAAGGCGGGUGAGAAUUACCUAUUCGACAGUAGUGAAAUGCCAGCGUAUGCGCGCUUCUAACGGUGAUUUCCGACGGCCGUAAGCGCACGAACCGACCAACAACAAACGAGUGACUAUAAAAACUAAUGAACCGUUAGACUGAAGACUAAAAUAACACACACACACACAC